AUGAGGUCUUCCAAAGUAAUCCGCUUAACUAUCUUGCUAGGAACUGUUUACUAGAUUAGCACCAUUCUUAGUAAAUAACUAAGAGUCAACAAAAAUGGUGUCUUUAAGUUUGUUUAAUUUACUGAUAUUCAUUUCGGUGAGGGAGCUGAAAAUGAUUUGGGCUCUCAAAAUGUCAUGAGAAAAGUCUUGGAAACAGAACAGCCUGAUUUUGUAGCUGCAACUGGUGAUGUAAUCUCCGGUUAUGCUUGGGAUGGUAUCCAGACAAAUUGGUUUGCUGAGUAGUACAAGACAUUUGUCAAGCCCUUAUACGAAUACAACACUAGUUGGGCUUAUACUUGCGGAAAUCAUGAUGAUUAAGGCGAUCUUACAAGAGAUGAAAUUUCAGAGGUCGAUAGAUCCUACAAUCUAAGUCUCACCUAACCUAAUGCUGCCAAUAUCUCGCACACUUUUAACUACAUCUUACCAGUCUAUGAUUAUGAGGGGAAAAACAUCCUCUUUAGACUUUGGUUUAUGGACUCAGGAGAGGACUAAGACUGUAUGGGAGUAAGUGGCUAUGACUGCGUUAGACCAGACCAAAUUGAAUGGUUUAGAUCUAUGAAUAAGGCUAUCCCUGACGAUGAUCCUAGUAAAGGCAAAGGAUUUUUGCUAGUCCACAUACCACUCUUUGAAUAUAUAAAUCUUUACAAUAAUGAUUUAUUCUAUGGAGCCAGAGGUGAAGAAGUAAGUUGCUAGGCCCUUAAUACAGGACUCUUUGCAGCUUUGAAAGAGCAAAAAACUGUAGAGUGGGUCUUAGUAGGACACGAUCAUGAUAAUGAUUUCUAUGGAAAUUACGAUGGAAUCAAUCUUUCAUUUGGAAGAAAAACUGGUCAUGGGUCAUACGGUCCAUUGAAUAUGCAGCAAGGUGCAAGAGUAUUCGAAAUCACAACUAAUCCAUAUAAAAUAUCUACAUGGGUAAGGUAAGAAGAUGGUACCAUUCACAAGGAAGUUAACACCAAUUCUAAACCUACAAGUGAAGUUUCUCAAACCAAGUGUGGUGGUUCUCUUGGUAAAGCUGAUCAUGUGGCCUAAAAUUAUGAGGAAAUGAAAUAUUUAAGAGAUUACUACUUAAAGAGACACGAUCUUAAACAUUUGGUUGUGGAAUGA